CACAGCUAGAGCCGCAGUUUAAGAAGCAAAGAGCCACAGGUUGGCCACCCCUGCCUUAGAGACUACACCACAGUUAAACGCUCAUGCAACAUCAUUUUACCCUGGUAAACCUCACACUACAUCACCAGAGAACUUUCACACCAAUGAGUGAGAGACCAGACAUGAAUGACAUUGCCAGAUACAUGGUACGCCAUGAGCUCAUUAACACCAGCCUCUCAAGGUUUGACGACUGUCCAGAGAGCUACAGGGCCUGGAGAUCAACCUUUAAGGCUACUAUUGCCGAUCUCAACCUUACUGCUAAGGAAGAACUUGAUUUGCUCAUAAAGUGGCUGGGACCAGAAUCUGCAGGUCGUGUUAAAAGACUUAAAACAGUACAUAUUGACCACCCAGAUGCAGGUCUUGUUGCUGCAUGGGCAAGACUUGAGCAAGCCUAUGGUAGCUCCGAAGCCAUAGAAAGCGCUCUAUUCAAGAGACUGCAAUACUUCCCAAAAAUAGGGAACAAAGACUACUGCAAGCUCCAAGAUCUAAGUGACCUCCUCGUGGAGCUAGAGUUGGCAAAGACUGACUCACGUCUACCUGGACUAAGCUUCCUGGACACCGCUCAUGGUGUCAACCCAGUGGUGUCUAAACUGCCAUACGGCUUACAAGAGAAAUGGGCACAACAGGGUUUAAGAUACAAAAGAGACUAUAAUGUAUCCUUUACUCCAUUCUCAUACUUCUACAGGUUCAUCAGUGAUCAAGCCUGGAUGAGAAAUGAUCCCAGCUUCAGUGAACCCAACCUGCCUACUUCAUCCUCACCAUCAUCAAGGUAGCUUGCUGCUUUUCCAAGGCUGCUAUUUCAAGUGCUGCUUGUUAUAAGUGCAUUGGAGAUAUUCAGGAGACUAACAGUCUAACUCAGAGU